AUCCCUGUCAUAGUCACUCCAGCUGGCAGGAGAGGGAAUAACUAAGCAGGACACACAAGCAUCCGUCCACCAGCUUACAUUAUUAUCCAGCCAUUUGAUCUGGCUUCUUAAAAUUUCCACGUUGACCAACAGCAACUCCCUAUGAUUUCAGUCUUUUGCAAACCUACCUGGGAAAGUGGGAGUUAAACCUAGGACUUUUGCAAACAGAGGGCAGAGGUAUGGCCCUUCCCCUCCAGGGGGAAAACUUUAAGGAGGACCCAUAUCUUCAUUGUAUUCAUACCUACGCACCAAGAAGAAUUGAUACAAGGCAGUUCCUUCUAUCCUUGCUGUAGAUUUGAUCAUUGGAGGCUGAUACCCUGGUGUUGGAUGCACCACCAAGACUCACAGUCGUAAGAACCCUGCUGGAUCAGGCCAACAGGCAAUCCAGCCUCCAGCCUCCAGGUAGUGCCUCAAUCAGAUGCCUCUGAGAGGCCCAGAAGCAAGAUCUAAAGGCAUUAACAUCUCUCUAGACUUGCUCUCCCCCCACCCCCACUCCCUUUCACCUAGGAUUCUGAAGAUAAACCUGGAAGUUCUACUUAGCUGUCCCAGCAGGCAAGAACUAUAAUGAAGCUGGAUUAAUUCAAAGGUCUAGAUUUUUUAUAUUUUUACAGUGGCCAACCAGACGGCUUGGGAAGACCGCUGCAAGCCCACCACAAAAGAGAUUGUCGUCUUCAGCCGUUGUUCCCUCCCAGGAGGAGCAACAUCAAUGUUGACACUUGUUUGGGCAUUGGUGACAAUGUCUCUGCAUCCUGAAGCAAGAGUGGUCAAGGAAUGCACAAGUCCUGAAAGCCAGAAAUGUCCCACCCUAUGUGCUUGUAGCUUUGAUGACUGCAAUGAUGAUCUGAGUGUCUACUGUAGUGUACGGAACCUUACACACUUGCCUGAAGAUGUGCCCAGAAGUACAAGGAUGUUGUGGCUGGAUGGGAACAAUUUCACAACCUUGCCAGCACUUGCUUUCAGGAACCUUUCCAGUCUGGAAUUUCUUAACCUUCAGGGCAGCCAGUUGUCAGGUAUUGAACAACAUGCCUUCCAUGGUUUGGAAGGGCUGUAUUCUUUGCUCCUUGGACGCAAUCGGCUGAAGUCACUGACACCCAAUAUCUUCCUCCACCUUCAGAAUCUGGCUACCUUACGUCUCAACAACAACCAUUUUAGCAAGAUUGAAGAAGGUGUGUUUUCUGGGCUCUCCAAUCUCUGGUACUUGAAUCUAGGGUGGAAUUCCUUGGUGGUCCUACCAGACAAAGUGUUUCAUGACCUACCCAAUUUAAGGGAGAUGGUCCUGGCUGGAAACAAGCUGCACUAUCUCCAACACCAGUUGUUCUAUAGCCUCAGUGAGUUGAGAGAACUUGAUCUGAGUUGGAAUUCCCUCAAGGGCAUCAAAGGUAACAUCUUCACAAAGCUUCAAAAGUUGUUGAAACUUUAUCUGAAUCACAACCAAAUUAAUGCCAUUGCUCCACGGGCCUUUGUGGGCAUGAAAUCUUUGAGAUGGUUGGAUCUCUCCCACAACCGUCUUGCUACACUUUUUGAAGACACAUUCCUGGGUCUUUCAAGCCUGCAUGUCUUGCGUCUCUCCAGCAAUUCCAUCGCUAGUUUGAGCCCAAGGACGUUUAAAGACCUGCAAUUCCUGGAAGAAUUGCAGCUGGGAAACAAUAAGAUUCGCAGCUUACUUGAAAAGAGCUUUGACAAACUGGGUCAAUUGGAAGUUCUUACUCUAAAUGACAACCAGAUUCAGGAGAUCAGGACUGGGGCAUUCCUUGGACUUUCAAACGUGGCAGUGAUGAACCUUUCAGGGAAUUGCCUUAUGACCCUUCUUGAUUUCACUUUCAGGGGUCUUAGCCAGCUCCACAGCCUCCAUCUGGAAAACUGCUGUCUCACAAGGAUCAGGCCACAAAUGUUUUCUGAUCUCUCCAGUCUGCGAAGGCUCUUUUUGCGAUUCAAUGCCAUCUCCGUAAUUGAAGAUCACAGCCUGAAUGAUUUACAUGAGCUCCUUGAUCUGGAUCUCAAGCACAAUCAGCUGAGUAGCCUGUCCCCAAAUCAGUUUGAAGGUCUGAGGAAUCUUGAAUAUCUCCUUCUUUCCUUCAAUCAGCUAGUAGAAAUCUCUCCUGAAGCCUUUGCCCCAUUGUUGCAUCUCUCCUGGCUUGAUCUCUCCAACAAUCUCUUGGAGACACUGGACAGCGGCAUCUUUGCAUCUUUCUCAAAACUGACUUACCUGAACCUCAGGAACAAUUCUCUAAGAACCUUCUCAGUGGAUUGGCUCAGCCCCUCACCUACACUGGUUCAGUUAUGGCUAGAAGGGAACAAAUGGGAGUGUAAUUGCUCUCUCAAGGGACUUCGAGACUUUGCUCUGCAGCAGCCCAGUGUAGUUCUGCGGUACGCACAGUCUAUCACAGAAGGGGAAGCACCUGAAUAUACUUACAACAACAUCACUUGCCUUAGCCCAGCAGAAGUGGUAGGACUUGAUCUACGGGAUAUUCAAGACGACCAUUUCGUUGAUUGUUAGGUAUUUGUCUUCUUGCUUCCUAGGAAACUUUCUCCUUUCUAUGUAGCCAGCACAAACACAAUGUUCUGAAUUCUAUGAUCUGACUAAAUCCAUUCGUCCCUGUAGAAUUCACGUAAUUUCCUUGUUUGUACCCUCAACAGGGAGAGAAUGGGUUUUGAUUUUUUUAAAGUUGUUAUUUUAGAGUGUAUGUAUUUUUCUAAACCUGGGAAGUUGAAGCAGAGGCCCAAAAGGCAAUGGCAAACCUUUUGCAUGGACUGGGCAGGUCUAUGAAGCCAUCAGGGGUCAAGCACCUUGAGGGAGUCCUUAGUCACCACAAGUGGCAACAAUACCUAGAUGUCCUUGGCUAUCUCAAAAACGCUGUCAGGGCGGAUGUUCUUAGUGCUUGCUUGGGAGUCCAGCAGGCAUUUCUAGAGCUGUAGAUCAGACUGGGAAGUUAACAAAAACUCAGGUGACAAACUGUCUCCCUAUUGCUUCCAAGAAAACUGCAUGGCCUUCUUCAUCCAGUCACACAAAGUCAAGUUUGACUUGAUGUAAACAUUACCUUGGCUUGUAGGAAAUUAGUAUCAAGUAAUGUUCUGUAUCAGAGAGUGGCAUAAACUUCUUUAAAUAUAUUUAAGCCUUUCUGACUCAAAUAUUCCAGUAAGUUGGUUAAUACGUCCCUUUUCCUCCUCCCCCUUUUAAGGCAUUUUCUGGAUCUUCUACCAGCUCUGGAGUGGGGUGGGGAAAACUAGUGGGGAGCAUGGAUGCUACCAUGCUGUUUUUUCACAAUGCCAACUAUCACUUGGAAACAGGGUUUUGCAGACUGGAUUCUGCAACAACUUGAUGGGCUCCAUAACUGAGGGCAAAAUAAAAAAAAAAUAUCAAGUGAUUUUGAUAUAUAAAUUUGCCUAAGUAAAUUACAAGCAGCACAACUUUCAUUUUAUUGCCAGUUUUCUAUCACUAGAGCUUCGUCUCUUGAUCAGGGGUUCCGAGAAUUUUACUAACAGGUUCUGCAGCCUAAAGAAGUUUGAAGCCCCCCGCUUUGGAGCAUUGUGGAAAAUUAGACCGAAGCUACCAGGGCCCAUUUGGAGGAUUGCCUGGUGUGCAGAAUAAGGGGAAAAUAUAUGGAGGCUGUUGAUGUAGACAGGUGUCUCAGCAACACCACUUUGCCAAGAAUCCUUCAAAUUCAGCAUUGGGCUUCUGGCAAUUCUCUACUAGGCACAGCAACAUCAUCUUUUGAGUGUUGUCAUGCAGUAGAAACGAAAAUGGAACUAACAGUAAACUAGUUCAUCACCAGGUUCAUGCAACACCCUUAGACAGGAAAGAAAAAAGGAACACCCUAACCAAACUCAGUAUAUUGAGCAAAUGCAGCCAUUACUAUAUGUUUGUUAGCUAACCUAAGUUUAUUAUGCAAACACUGCCGUAAAGUAGUUCACUCUGCAAUUCCAUUUUUGGUUUCGUUGCAUGAUGGGUCACGUAUGGCUCAGCUGAUUGUGCAAACCCAGAAACUCUAUACUAGCUAUUAUCAGUACGUAACGUUAUGCAUCCUUAGUUGAAUGGUAGGACUAGAAGAAGAAAAACAAGAACUACUUGAUCUCCUAGGACAGUGUUUCUCAACCUUGAGAAUUUUAAGAUGUGUGGACUUCAACUCCCAGAAUUCCCCAGCCAGCAGGGAGUUGAAGCCCCCACAACAAAGUUUCCAAGGUUGAGAAACAUCUUAGGAUGUUCUCAUUAGAGCUGUUAGUGCAAAUUUAAGCAGUUGUGAGAUAAAGGAGGUCUGUUGAUUAAGUUAUACAUGAUUUACAAGGAAACAGCAAUCUUCCCAAAGUGCUGUGUGGCUGUACUUGACUGUAGUAGCCCCUAUCAUGCCUAGCCAUGUAGACUGGGAAUAGAAAUUACAGUUUGAAAUAUCGAGAGGGAUAUCUGGUUGGAAAAAGUAAGUAGAGGAUCAUGUACUCACGGAGUUCUGAACUCAAUUGUUCAGGAGUCUUUUUUUCUUGUCUUUCCUGGAACAUCCUAACCUUAAUUUACCGGCAUUUCCAUUUUCUCUAAGUCUCUCUCUUAUCUUGUCCUCACUACUCGUGCAUCAUUCUUCCUUGCCCUUUUGAAGCCUAUGCCUCAGCCCUUUCGUACUGUUUCUAGCAGUUUCUCUCAUCUGGAUGAAAAUUAAAAGGAAGUAAUAGGGAUUCCCCCUUUCGCUGUCCUAGAUGCUAGAAAAUGAAAAAAAGUAUCUCAGGGUCUUGUGAAAAUUAAAGGAUAUACGUCAUGGGGCGAGUACAGCAGGAUGCCUUCCUGGACAUUUCUGUCCCUGCUUUGUGAGAGACAGACAACAGCGCAAUGUAAAUAUACAGAAUGUGGAGGUGAGAUGCUUAAAAUAGAGAGGAAAGGUCAAUGACCCUUAGAGGAAUCCACAAACUGCAUUUCUUGAUAAUCCCUAUACAAUCAUGUCAGGCUGUUGUAGUUUUCCAAAUCAUUACCUGAGGGGAGGUCCUCAGUAAUGCAAUCUAUA